AUGGAUGUGAGGAAGGCUGAAGGAGGUCCGUGGUCCUCCCCCUCCUGCUGCACCUGCGCCAGGUGUGCCAUCAUCGCCCUGCUCCUCUUCUUCCUCCUCGCUGGAGUCUCCGUGGGACUGCUGAUAGCCUACCUGGUGCGGGAGCGCCAUACCUUCAUGGAGACGGUGGAGCUGAAGGGCCUCAAGUACCAGGCGUCUCUGCAGGACCACAACUCAGGUUUCACCAUCGUGCUGACGUCCGUGUUGAACACCAAGAUUAAAGAUGUUUUCGAGGCCUCAUCAGUGUCCCAUCAGUAUGUGGGAUGUAACAUCGUAGCUUUUGGCAACGCCAACGGUGAGGUGAUGGCAACGUUCCGACUGGUCUUCAGCGUCUCCAAAGUCCAGGAGUAUUCGGAGAACUUCGUCCAGGACCUGCUGAGGGCGGGCCUCACCUCCGUGAUGCAUGGGACCCCCCUGGAGGUGCCCGAGUUCGGCCAGAUCCACGCCAUGGUCUUGCUGGGUGCCAGCGGGAAGUCCUUCUACGCCAUCGGAGAUGACACGAUGGCCGGUUGCCCUGACAACGACUUCACCUGCGACAACGGCGAGUGCGUCACCAAAUUGAACCCCCGCUGUGACUUUGUGCCCGACUGUGCCGACCAAUCCGACGAAGCUCGCUGCGCCUGCGGCCUGCGUACCGCAGCGGGGAGUCGAGUGGUGGGCGGCGAGGACGCCCGGCAAGGAGAGCUGCCGUGGCAGGUGAGUCUGAGACUGCGUGGCGAGCACACCUGUGGAGCCUCCAUCGUCAGCGACAGGUGGCUGGUCAGUGCGGCACACUGCUUCGAGAGGGACAAAGACCCCAAAGAGUGGACAGCCCUGGUGGGUGCCAGCCUGGUGAGCGGCCAGGAGUCCCAGACCAAAACAAUCAACAUCAAGACCCUGCGAGUGUCCCCAGACUACAACCCCGUCACCACAGACAUGGACGUGGCCGUGCUGGAGCUGCAGACCCCCCUCACCUUCAGUCCAUACGUGCAACCUGCCUGUCUGCCAUACCCGUCUCACGUCUUCACUCCAGGACAGAGAUGUGUGGUGUCGGGAUGGGGCUCCCUGCGCCAGUUCAGUAGCGACGUUCCUCCCACGCUGCAAAAGGCGGUGGUCAAAAUCAUCGACUCCAAGGUGUGCAAUGAGUUACCCGUGUACAGAGGAACCAUCACGGCCAACAUGAUGUGUGCGGGCUUCCUGCAGGGCAAGGUGGACUCCUGUCAGGGCGACUCUGGGGGUCCGUUGGUGUGCGAGGGAGCCCCGGGGAGGUUCUUCCUGGCCGGGGUUGUGAGUUGGGGUAUCGGCUGUGCCCAGAUCAACAGGCCCGGGGUCUACUCGCGCGUCACCAAGCUCCAGAACUGGAUUCAACGCCACACAGACCCCGGCUCGGCCCGCCACUCCCCCGAGCAUCACGCCAGUAGGCCGCCAACACCCAGGACGGUCGCCCCCGGCGUGGAACCCGCGGCACUUCCCGUUUCCAACUGCAGCGCCAACUUCCUGUGCACGCCUACUUCCUGUGUCAGCAAGUCCAACCCAGAAUGUGACGGAGUCCCAGACUGCCCCAACCAAGCUGACGAGAGGAACUGCGACUGCGGUCAACGUCCGGCGCUGGGCUCCAGUCGGAUUGUGGGCGGAGUCACGGCGCGCAGGGGGGAGUGGCCUUGGAUCGGUAGCCUGCAGUACCAGGGACAGCACAUAUGUGGCGCCACGCUCAUUCACAGUAAAUGGCUGCUGACCGCCGCACACUGCUUCAAAAGCGACACUAGCCCCGCCCACUGGGCAGUGAGCCUGGGCUCCGUGCUGCGUUCCGGCGUCGGGGCCUCGGUGGUCCGCAUCCAGCGGGUCAUCAUCCACCCGGCGUUCCACAACACCAGCCUGGAGCGGGACGUGGCCCUGCUGGAGCUGCUGGUCCCGGCCACCUUGUCCCCCGCCGUGCAGCCCGCCUGUGUGCCCUCACCUGCGCAUCGCUUCCUGCAAGACGCAGAGUGCUACAUCUCAGGCUGGGGGUCCACCAGGGAAGGAGGUCCAGUGAGCAGCCUGCUGCAGAAAGCUCCAGUGGGCAUCAUGGAGCAGGCGGACUGUCACAAGUCUUAUGGCCACGCCCUCACUGGUCACAUGAUGUGUGCUGGUCACCUGCUGGGAGGCACAGACACCUGCUUGGGAGACUCCGGGGGCCCACUCACCUGUCGCGAAGGCUCCGGCCAGUGGUUCGUCGCCGGGGUAACCAGCUGGGGACACGGAUGCGGGCGAGUCGGCUUCCCGGGAGUUUACACUCGCGUGACGUCUGUGAGGACGUGGAUGUCCGCGUACCUGCCUUUCUGAGGUUGGAACUCUCCGCAGCCACACACUCAAACACGUCAGUCUUUACUUUUGUCACCU